GACGUAUGGUUACGACGUCAGACUUUCCAGGCAACAGUGAAGGCGCUACGUUGGUAGGGACAAAAAAAUAAAAGAUGCUCCUUCAAAUAACUUGAUAAUUCCGGUGUAAGAUGAGGACAAUUCAUCCGAAGUGGAUCAAUAUUCCAGACGUGGUCCUCAUUGAGGUUUUUAAAUACUUGUCGGAUACAGAACGCGCAAAAGCUGCGCUCGUGUGUGAGAAUUGGAGCAGGAUAUUCAAUUCACCGUGCCUGUGGAGAUCUCGUUCGUUUGAACUUGGCGGCUACAAGGCUCAGACCCACGGCUUACGUGCAUGCAGAUUUGCGGAAAACUUUGGUAAAUACUUACGUUACAUGGCCAUAAGCUGCAGCCACCCUUCAUACCAUACGUGUAAAUUAUUUCAGAAGUCCAUCGACGAUUUUCUCGCCUCACUUAAAGAUGCCGAGACGCAGCUGUACGAGUUUGAGUUUUGUAGAUUGGAACUUGAGCGUUACUGGAAAUUCGAUACUCACAGAGAAAAGCUGAUAAGUAUUUUAUCAAAAUUUCUUAAAACACAGAAACUUCUUCAAUGUUUUGACAUGUCGUCUGCACAAUUUCCAGCGUUCGGUGGAUGCCGCGUUCUGGACGCUAUUGCACACCAAUCCGGUAGCUUUAUCCAGGACAUGAUUUUGGAAGAUUUUUUCCACUCAAGAUUGGCAGUUCACCUAGUGAAAAAGUUUAAUAAAGUCAUCGGAAAAUUUUCCAAUUUGAAAUAUUUGUCGCUUAACUACAACUGUUUAUCCGACGAAAUCCUGGAGACCUUCUCAAAGUCCCUUCAGGGCAAACUGCAUUUUCUGAAUAUCAAAGUGUUCAGAAACGAUCCCCACUUUCAUCGAAUAUCCGGCUUGGCUUGGAAGCAGUUUUCACGAGCGUGCCCGCGCUUGCGCGUGGCGGUCUGGUUUGAGAGCAUCGGAAUGCACCAGGAAAUAGUGCCAAUACUUGUGAAGGAGGCGCCUAUAAAAGAUAUCCAUAUAUGGUCAGGAUAUGAUGACGACCUGGACUGGAGACUGUCAGAAACAAUUGACCAUAUUACAAACACAUACGCAAAUGCGAUAGAAUCAGUAUCAUUUGAGCUUGACAACACCCAAGAAAUCGUUGACCAACCCUUACUACACCUUGCAGCAAAGUGCAAAAAGCUGAAAGAGCUGUCAAUAAAUGCCAUGAUUUCCAUAAAAACUGUAGAAGAUAUUUGUGAAAUGCUGAGAGAGAAAACAAUUGAUCUGUCAAUGCUGCAUGUAACCUUUUGUGGAAUUGGAAGUCAGCUCGUCUCAGAGGAGGAACUUGAUCAGCUGCGUCGUCAUUAUACACACAUCUUACAAGAAAUUGGCACCGAGUUUCGACUCACCAGAUUCGACUUUUAAUAAUUUUCUAUGUUUUAAUGUCUAAUUCCACAACAGGUCACAUGCUAUACAAUUGUUUGUUUUUUUUCUUAAGUCAUAACUUUUAUAUUUAUUUUGAUUGAAAUUAAUUUAUCAAAAGGUUGUUUGUGGGUUUUUUUAUUUGUGCAUUAACAUUUCUAAACUUCUUUUUAAAAUCAAUUUAUUUCCAAAUUAGUGAUAUUCUUCAUCUCUAGCAUAAUUCAUUCUUUUUUUAACUUUACAGUAAAAAAGCACAAAUUCAUUUUUUAUAUCCAAAAUUUAUCAAGGGAAUGUUUGGAAAUUUAUAAAUAACACUGGGAAAUUUAAAAAUAACAUGAAAAUACGUAUCCAGUAACAGUAUCUUUCAUGUUUUUGUUGUUAUUUUUUCUGUUAGAUUUACGAGAGCUGCUGGUGACCUGUUGUGGAUUGACAGACAUAGAAUGGAAUAUGUUAGAAACUCUUCGAUCUACAUACAAACCAAUAUUUAAAGAACGCAAAAUUGAUUUCCAAUGCACCUCAGAUCUAAUCAUUGAGUCAUCUAUUUAAUAAAUAUGUGUUUUAUUUAUCAGAGCUGUUUAUGAAGAAAAAUGAAAUUAUUGUCUGAAAAA